AUGAAGUUCUUACAACUUACUGGCAUUAUUAUGCUGCUAAGUCAAGCAACAUCAAUUUCUGCUGCCACACUACUCCCAAGGUCAUCGUCAUCUGGUUCAAUGUUGCUUUCAAACCCAAUGGUUGAAGUCUUUGCAGCUAUCAAGAGAUAUGAAAAUAAUCCAGAGAAGUGGAAAUCUCCGGAUUCAAUAGCUAAAAUGAGAGCUAAAACUUUUAAUUACCCAUUCCUAAUUCCAUUUCAUGUGGAUCCAUCGUGGAAUAAGAAUUGCCACGAAAAUUAUAUUACCAAGGGCUCAGAUGGAAAACUUAACGUCUGGGUUGUUAUUUCAGAUAAUGGGACUUUAGUCCGUUCAGGACCAGUGUUGGAAUGA